AUGGACGGUCGAAUAUUGUUGGAUAUACCUUGCAAGGUGUGUCGGGAUCAUUCCUCCGGCAAGCAUUACGGGAUCUUUGCCUGCGAUGGGUGUGCUGGCUUUUUCAAGAGGUCGAUUCGGAGAAAUCGACAGUAUGUGUGCAAGGCAAAAGGAGAAGGAUUAUGCCUAGUUGACAAGACCCAUCGGAACCAAUGUCGGGCUUGUCGACUCAAGAAAUGCCUUGAGGCGGGGAUGAACAGAGAAGCUGUGCAGCACGAGCGGGGCCCGAGGAAUUCUACGAUCCGCCGGCAGAUGUCCUUGUUUUUCAAGGACUCUCCACCAGACUCCACGACUCCGCCAGCCGGACUGGGAGGCCCCAGAGGGGUGCACGGGGGUGGGGGUAUGUCCCUGAGUCCUGCAGGGUGCACAGUGAUGACGACGGUUCCCUUGUUACCUCCGAUCUUCACGACGGCAUCUCCGACUGCUCUGUCUCCGUCCACAUCCGGUCUCUUCUCUCUCCCCAGGCCUUCUCCUUUCCUCUGCAUCCCCACGCCCAAGAUAUGGAAGAAAAUGUUCACUCGGAUCCUGUAUGACCUUUGCUGUUCUGGUUACCAGUACCCCAACCAGCUCUUGGCGGAGUUCGUGGACAACCCAGAGGUGAUCUGCGAGUCGGCGGCCCGACUCCUGUUCAUGAACGUUCGCUGGGCCAAGACCCUGCCGGCCUUCACGGCCUUGCCCCUCAAGGACCAGCUCCUUCUCGUCGAAGAAGGUUGGAGGGAACUGUGGGUAUUGAGUGCGGCCCAGUUCCUCCCACCCUUCGAGGUGGGACCACUGCUGAAGCAUGCAGGGCUGGAAUUGCCCUCGGACGGCGAGGAGAACCCUCGAACCAAUGCCGUCCUCACCGAGAUCCGCACUCUCCAUGAUAUCAUUGCCCAGUUCAAGGCGAUGGCCGUCGACCCAACCGAGUUCGCCUGCCUUAAGGCCAUCAUACUCUUUAAAACUGUGCAUGUUGUUGUGUGGGAUGGACGUGUAGUUUUCGAGUCGGGUUCUGGAGAGCUGAGAGGGCUGCGUGAUACGGGAACGGUGAGGAUGCUGCAAGACCAAGCCCAGAUGAUGCUUGGCAAAUACAUCGGGCAUGCCUACCCCAUGCAGCCGUUUCGCUUUGGGAAACUUCUUCUCCUCCUCCCUACCUUCAAGAGCAUCACCGCCCGGACUGUCGAGGACCUCUUUUUCAAGAAGACCAUCGGCAACAUUCCCCUCGACCGACUCAUCUCUGACAUGUACAAGUCUAACGAAUUCUGA